AUCAUUUUCCUCUUUUGAACGAAUCACCUGUGCUCAAUGGACCCAGUAUUCAACCCAAUGGAAGCUUUAACUUCAUAUGCCAGGUCAUUUACAAUGGUAAUGACCCAGAUCAGGUAUUUGAAGUUGUCUGGACUUUCAAUGGUCAGGCACAUCCUUCAGUACCAUCUCAGCUGCUGUUUGAUAGUGAAAGGAUUGCCAGUUUGGACAUCAGCUUGUUGAAUAGUCUAGUUGAUACACAAGUUGGAUGCCAAGUCAGACUUGUGUAUCCAGGAAGUGAUGUCAAGACCAGGUUUAUCAACAGCAAUACUUACUUUGCUGGGAUCCAGAUAAGCCCUGACCCUCUUGAAAUAAGUGAAAUUGAUUUUGAGAAAAAUAUGACAGUGACCUCAACCAUUCCUAUACUUUGUGACCAUGACCUUGAGUGCUGUUUGAUUUUCACAUUAAAUGUUAAUAAAACAGCAGUUGUGCCUAAAAGAAAUAUUUUGCUACAAGGCAGCAGGAAUGUGCUUUUAGCACUGGAUGUGAUUCCAUCAUCAAAUUCUGGAACUUAUCUACGCAUAUUUGAAGACUAUAAACCAAAAUCCAUUCAGGUAACAAUAAAAGAUGAAACAGCUUAUCGGUGUUCCAUGACAGGAGAUCCACACAUCACAGGAUUUGAUUUUAAGUUCAUGUAUGACUUGUACAAGAGUGGAGACUUUGUUGCAUAUGAAGCUCCAGCCAGAGAUUUCAUGAUCCAGAUCCGAACUGUUCCAUGUGGUGGAGGAAGUGUGGCUUGCAUUUGUGGUAUUGCCGUCAGAGAGAGGAAUGAUGUCAUCUACCUUCCUUCCGGAUCAGAGGUGAAAAUAGAGGCUGGUGGGACAAAUGUCUACAUUUCCAUUCCGGCAUUUGACAAAGGACAAGGCAGAGGCAUCUGUGGCACUAAUGAUGGUGUUGAAGACAACGAUUUCACACAUCCAGAUGGAACAGUUGAACCUGCUUGCACUCAAAGAUGUAUUCCUGAUGCUUUUUUUGAGUCGUGGAGGGUUACUGGUAAUAACAGUUUAUUCGAAGUUGUCCCAGAUCCAGUAAAUGAUACAGAAUCUACCAAUGGAUCAUUUGGUCGGUACUGCUCAUGCCUGGACAAUACUAAUGGAACUGCAACAGUCUCCUGCUCAGCAAGGGAGCAUGUUCAGACAGCAAAUACAGCAGUAAGACAUUUUAGGAAGUUAGUGAACCCCAACAAACAGUGGCCGAAUGAUCAAGGAAUUACUGAAGCUCAAGCAAGAGACAUGUGUACAAAAGCCAUCCAGAAGUCUCCACUUUACUCUCAAUGCCAGAACUUCCAACGCUUAAUUGACUCAGUCAUUUCUGACUGCCUGGCAGACAUUUUGCAUGGUGGUACAACAGCCUUUCUAGAUGACGUCACAGCAUCCUUCACAUCCCAGUGUCAGCUUACACUGGCACAGAAUCCAGACAGCUAUGUCACUAACACUGACGGUCAGCAGGUCAUCAAGCCAGGCGUCAUUGAUAUAUGUCCAGUAGAGUGCUUAAAACAUGGACAGUGUGCCGACAAAGGCCAGUGUAUCUGCCAGAAUGGAUGGGAAGGAGAAACAUGCCUGAUUGAAAGUGGCAAAGGGCCACAAUUGAUAGCAGUUAAAAGUGGAGAGCUAUGUGACAUCAGCCAAAUGAAAUGUGAUAUUAUCAACAUUGAUGUUACUAACAUCAUUUUCGGAAAUCCUUUAACCUGCAGAAUACAGGCAAUAGAUGUAAUUCCGUCCACACAAAGAUACAACAUUUCUGCCACAAAAGAUGGGCUAAUAUUUGGCAAUGAUGUCUCACUGAGGGUCUUUGAUGGCACUUGUUUGGACUGUGAUCGUUCAGGGUGCAAAGUAAAGAUCACAGCUUGCCAUAUCAACAACAUCUGCUAUAAGGAUGGAGAUAUUGACAAGUUCAGUGAAAAUAGAACAUGUGAUGUCACCAAAAGCAACUCACAAUGGACUAUAAUAAGAAGUGAACAAGGUGAGUUAACAACAUCACCAGUACUUACAGGACCCAUCCUCCAUGCCAACAAGUCUUUUGUCUUCCAGUGUGAGGUCAUCUACAGCAAUACAGAUGAUUCUCAAGAAAUAGAAGUGGCUUGGACAUUCAAUGGCCAACAGAAUCCUGCCUCUCCUCCUCUUGUCAUCAAAGGUUCUAACAGAACCAUUGUCCUUGAUGGCAGACACUUGCAGGGGCACUUGGGUACUAAGGUGGGAUGUCAAGCAAGACUAGUGUACUCUGAAAGUAACGUCAGCACAACGUUUGUUGCAAGCAGUUCUUACUUUGCAGGGAUUCAG